AUGUCGUCAACGACGAACAUUCAUUUAAGUGCUGGAACAUUUUUUGGAUUGGGACAUCCAGUUUUGGAUAUCAGUACGGAAGUUUCACUUGAUUUUCUUCAACAUUAUGAUUUACAAGUGAAUAAUGUGGUGCUUGCAGAAAAAGUGUCAAGAUAUGAUCAAUUGAUGGAUGAGAUAGUCACAAAAGGAAUGUAUCACUUGAACUAUUCACCUGGUGGUUCAACACAAAAUGCUUUGAAAACGAUUAGUUGGCUUAUUGGGCAAAAUGAUGUGACUGUUUGCAUGGGUUGUAUUGGUGACGAUGAAUCUGGUAGAAAAUUAGAAGAACAAAUGAAAAAUUGUCAAUAUCAGAAAAGUUCAACGGCACAAACAGGAACGUGCUUAAUACUAAUCACAGAUCAAGCAAGGUCAAUGGUCACGAAUCUCGGUGCUGCGAAUGAUUUUACAGUUGAUCAUUUGCUUCGAGCAGAACACUGGCAGUAUGUCGAACGAGCGAAGAUCUUUUACAUUCCGGGGUAUUUCAUUCGUACUUGUCGAGAAGCAGUUCUUGAAAUAGCAGAGCAUUGUCGUGAAACUGGGAAAAUCUUUGCGUUCAAUCUAUCAGCAGAAUAUAUUUGUCAGAACUUUGGUGAACAGAUUAUUCAUCUUUUACCAUUCGUGAAUAUUCUUUUUGGUAAUGAACAGGAAGCAAGAUGUUUUGUUCAAUGUCACAUGAAAUCCAAUAAUGAUACUGACAUCACCUGUGUUGCUAAAGAAUUACAGAAAAUGUUAACAAAGAACAAAGAAACAUGUGUAGUUAUAACCGGUGGUGCAAAUCCUAUUAUUUCAGUGACACAGCAUGGUAUCAAGGUCUUCCAUGUGAAAAAACCGUCAAAAAUCGUCGAUACUAUUGGGUGUGGUGAUGCAUUUGUCGGUGGUUUUCUUGCAAAUCGAUCACUGAAUAAACCCAUCGAUGAAUGCAUCAAUGCUGCAUGUUACUGUGCAUACGAAUGCCUACAACAAACAGCCUGUCAAUUUCCGAAUCUGUCUUCAUUCGAUGGUACACAGCGUUACUGCAAUGUUGAGAACGCUUCAUAG